GUCAAGGAAGGAACUAUCCUGGAGAUCUGGCGUCAGUUGCAAGUGGUUCGUUUACCAGUGCACACGAAUCGAUACAUACACACAAAGUAGUGCUUGACCAGGAUUCUUAAUCAGUGGCAAGUAGACCGAAACCCAUCUCCUGAAUGCACCAAAUUUUAGAUUGCUAUUCCUCAGUCACUCAUUCAACUUCCACACCUCAAAAUGUCGCACGGAAACAUUUUCGUCUUGGCCAUUGUUGCCAUCUCUUUGGUGAUCACUCAAUUUGGAACCACACAAGCUAAUCCUCUGUUCCUUGGACAAGGAGGGGUAAAGAAAUCCGAAGCCGCCGUUAACUACUUCGCUCAACGAUUUGGAUCCGGGUUUCUGUCCGACUUGGCCGCUCUCCAACAAGGAUCCAAGGCCAAAGACUCUCGGAAAGGAACAGCUCAGAUCCAGACGGAUGAACCUCAGGUACCGGAGUUCAAGACCAAGGUGACGACUUCGUCCCAUAAGAGGCGAUUGUACAAGGUGGUCAAAAAGGCCAGAACCACGACAACUGCCCCUAGGACCACUCAAAAUCCCCCGGUGUUUGUGGACUAUUCCAUCGAGGCUGAAGCACCAACGACCUCCAUGCAUGGAGAUGACAUCCUGCCUUACAAGACUGAGGACCUCUUGAGUUUGGAGGACUCGGAUUAUCUCUAUCCAGAGGGAUUAGAGAGCAAUUCCCUCGAUUAUUAGCUAAUCAUCUGAUUUGCUUCGGAGUCUAUAAGAGUUGAUCCACCACAAGAUGAGCAUACUUGGCACUUGUUUCUCAAAGUGAUAACUAUCAUCCACAAUCUAAAAUAAUCUGUAUUCAGAGAAAGUAUAAUAAAUUAAACGCUUUAA